ACAUGUGAAGUUACCCAAGAUAGGAGUGCUGGUCAGAUAUGAGCUAAGAGUGCUCAAGGGUUUAGUGUCCUGACAUCUCUUUAAUUAGCAGUCUCCUGGAUCCUUCACUAAGAAGACACUAAGCCAGUGGACUGCUGUUCAAGGGGUUUAGAAGGUUGGAAAGCCACAAAGCAAGCCUCCAGGACUAUGCCUAUGGGAGAUACAGAAUGUGCAACGUACCAUUUCCCCGCUAGAAGCAAAGUAAGACUUUUGACUGUGGCUGCUGCUGCUUCAAGGGUGAUGCAGUUCUAAGAAGAAAAGAAAAGUCAAGCAAAAUGGGUGAGAUAAGUAAAGACGAUGUUGAGAAAUACCUGGAGAACAACCCACAAUUUGCCAAAGAGUAUUAUGACCGAAAGCUGCGGUUGGAAGCUAUAAAGAGUGUCUUCACUGUUGACCCUGGGGAUGUGAAGGAUGGGAUUUCCUUCAAGGAGAUGACCAAGUUGGAGGAAUGUCAGCUGCUUUUUGAGUUGAUGAAGGAAGUCCAGGAGGAAGCAAGUGCUAUGGAAAAGAUAGUCCAUAAAGUGCUGGCAAGGUUGGCACAGUUGCUGGCAGCUGACCGGUGUAGCAUGUUUAUUUGCCGCUCCCGCAAUGGUAUUCCAGAGAUGGCCAGUAGGCUCAUGGAUGUCACCUCUACAUCCAAAUAUGAAAGCAAUCUGGUGCCUCCUGAGAAAGAAGUUGUUUUUCCUCUGGACAUAGGAAUAGUGGGGUGGGUGGCUCAUACCAAGAAGCUGUUUAACAUACCGGAUGUUAAAAAGAAUAAUCAUUUCUCUGACUUCGUGGAUAAACAAACUGGUUAUACAACUGUCAGCAUGUUGACAACUCCAGUUCUGCAAGGCAAGGAAGUUCUUGCUGUGUUCAUGGCACUUAACAAGCAAACUGCUCCUGAAUUCUCUAAAGAGGAUGAAGAGGUCUUUACCAAAUACAUUAAUUUCCUUUCGCUUGCUUUAAAACAAUAUCACACUUCAUACCUGUACAAUAUUGAAAACAGAAAAAGUCAGAUGCUUCUAUGGUCUGCCAACAAAGUAUUUGAAGAACUUACUGACAUUGAGCGGCAAUUUCACAAAGCAUUAUACACUAUCCGAGUCUACUUAAACUGUGAAAGAUAUUCUGUUGGUCUGCUGGACAUGACCAAAGAAAAGGAGUUCUAUGAUGAAUGGCCAAUUAAGCUGGGAGAAGCAGAGCCUUACAAAGGACCAAAAACACCAGACGGCCGAGAAGUCAUAUUUUAUAAGAUAAUCGAUUACAUUUUACAUGGCAAAGAAGAAAUCAAAGUCAUUCCGUCACCUCCUGCAGACCACUGGUGUCUUUCUAGUGGGUUGCCGACUUACGUUGCUGAAAAUGGAUUUAUUUGUAACAUGAUGAAUGCAGCAGCAGAUGACUACUUCACAUUUCAGAAAGAAGCUUUUGAUGAGACAGGCUGGAUUGUUAAAAAUGUCUUAUCUUUACCUAUUGUCAACAAAAAGGAAGAAAUUGUUGGUGUGGCUACAUUUUACAACAGGAAAGAUGGCAGACCCUUUGAUGAACAUGACGAACAGCUAACUGAAAUGCUCACUCAGUUCCUUGGAUGGUCUGUUUUAAAUACUGACACCUAUGACAGAAUGAAUAAGCUUGAAAACAGGAAAGACAUUGCUCAGGAAAUGCUGAUGUACCAGACAAAGGCCACCGCUGCUGAAAUUCAGUCCAUAUUGAAAUAUAAAGAGAAAUUGAACCUAGACACCUGUGAAGACGCUGAUGAGAAACAACUUAUCAAAAUUUUGAGAGAGGAGUUGCCCGAUCCAAAGAAUGUAGAACUUUAUGAAUUUCGCUUUAGUGACUUCCCUGUUACAGAACAUGAGUUGAUCAAGUGUGGAAUCCGCCUGUUCUUUGAAAUAAAUGUUGUGGAGAAGUUCAAAGUGCCAGCAGAGGUACUUACAAGAUGGAUGUAUACAGUCAGAAAAGGAUAUCGUGAUAUCACUUAUCACAACUGGCGGCAUGGAUUCAAUGUUGGACAGACCAUGUUUACACUGUUGAUGACAGGUAGAAUCAAGAAAUAUUAUACUGACCUAGAAGCCUUUGCUAUGGUAGCUGCAGCUUUUUGCCAUGACAUUGAUCACAGAGGAACCAAUAACCUGUAUCAGAUGAAAUCAGCAGCUCCACUGGCAAGACUUCACGGCUCUUCCAUUUUGGAAAGACAUCAUCUAGAGUACAGUAAAACUUUGCUGCAAGAUGAGAGUUUAAACAUCUUCCAGAACCUUAAUAAGCGCCAGUUUGAGACUGUUUUACAUUUAUUUGAAGUUGCAAUCAUAGCUACUGACUUGGCUUUAUAUUUCAAGAAAAGGACUAUGUUUCAAAAGAUUGUGGAUGCAAUUGAAAAAAUGGAAAAAGAAGAGGAUGCUAUUAAAUAUAUAUCUAUGGACCCCACCAAAAAAGAAGUGGUCAUGGCUAUGAUGAUGACUGGUUGUGACUUGUCUGCUAUUACGAAACCUUGGGAGGUGCAGAGUAAGGUUGCCAUCAUGGUUGCAAAUGAAUUCUGGGAGCAGGGUGAUCUUGAACGGACAGUCCUACAACAGCAGCCAAUUCCUAUGAUGGAUAGAAAUAAAGGUGAAGAACUGCCCAAGCUACAGGUUGGCUUCAUUGAUUUUGUAUGUACCUUUGUGUACAAGGAAUUCUCAAGAUUCCACAAAGAAAUCACACCUAUGUUUGAUGGUCUUCAAAACAACCGAGUGGAAUGGAAGUCGCGAGCCGAUGUAUAUGAGGAAAAGAUGAAAGCUAUAGAGGAAGAAAAGAAGAGGCAGGAGGAAGAAGCAGCCAAGAAAGCUGAAGCAGCAGGCAGAGGAGGAGGAGGAGGAGGAGGUGGUGGUGGUGGUGGAGGAGAUGACGGCAAAUCAAAAACAUGUACAAUUUUAUAAUUCCAAUGGCAUGAACAUUGCAAGGACUAUAUUUCUACUACAAUGGAAGAAAUCUAGGAAGAUCUUCAGGUGUGCCCAAAAGGAUUUCUGUAAAGGAUAAAGUAGCAUAGACUUUGCAGUACUGACAUAUCUGCCAUUAUUAAUGGAAUGAAAAGCGGCAGCAUCCAGUGAAAACUGAAAAAUCUCGAGAGAUGGAUGGAAAAUACCCAAUUAUUUUGCAAAAUAAAUGGAUUAUGGGUUUAUUUCUUGGGUAUUUGCUACUGUCAUUCUCAAUUUAUACGGAGUGUUUUUUAUUUAAUAUAUUAAAGGUGCAGGACUAUUGGGAAACUGUUAUUUUUACAAUCAGUUUGAUAAGCUCCGCAUUGCACAACCUGUAACCCCAGAAUUACUAAUGAUUUGGAAUAGGUUUUAUACUAUGUUUACUUACUUCAUCUGAUAUUCUUUCUGUUUUAUUAGUAAAAAAAAAUAUUGUAGCAUGUCGUUUUAGAAGUUGUAAAUCAUCUACCAUCAGAUUUGUGCCUACCGACAGACCCACUGCACAUGCGCUUAUACACCUUGAUCCAGUCAUUUCAAAUGAGUGCAGGAGCUCCAGUACAGACACAGAACUCUCCCACCCACAAGGACUGCCCUGUUAAUUUCAGUGGAGACAGGAGACCUGUGUGCCCAUUACUUUACAUACCUGGAUCUGCCAUGUCCACUGAAAUGAAUGGAGGGCCUAUCUUCACAAGAACUCUGCGCGCCAACACAUUAGCUUUGUAGCAAGGGAGUUAUAGUAGAGUGGCUCUUUCUUGUGCUCAGAAACCUUGGACCGUAGGUAGGACCUCACCCCAUGCCAGCAUUGCAUUAGUGUUUGAGAAGUACAAUACAGUACUAGUGUGGAAAAGAACCACAGUAUGAGCUUCUCCAACAUGGCCUCACAUUACCUAUGUGGGGGUGGGAUAAGAGCAGCAGUACUUUGUUGCCAUGCCACAAGGAUAACAUGAAAAUGCAGGCUAUGUGUACACCAGUUCACACACAUGUCAAUGGUCUUGUAAGCUACCAAGAGCAGUCUAUAAAACUGAGCAAAAAGUUUUUUGAGCAAAAAACUGAAAAGAUUUGGUUGCUUUGAAUAUCCCCUCCCCAACAAUACACUGUUCGGUCCUUGAAUGAAUGAUAGUGCUCACACAAUAUGCACUGGUCAAUCUAGAAGUGCUAAGUGCACAUUGAGGCUUCCCCCUAGUUUCUCCUGUCACCAGCAAUCAGGCUUUUUUUAAAAAAUAUUUUUAAGAAAAUAGCUUCAACACUCACAUAAGCUAAGAGCUACCCUCCAACAAGUUUAUGGAGAAUUCCUGAUGUGUACACAAAUGUGCUAUAAGAAACAAGGAAUGGUGGCCAUUUACAUGGAAUCUAGUCCCUUUGAUUUCAAUACACAUUACUUCAAUAUAAGUAUGUUUAAGAUGGCAGCCCAAAUGUAGUCACAAAGUGGUGGCUUUUUCAUUUGUGAUCUUGCUCCUACAAACAACAACGAAGAUGUUCCAUAGCCACCACUCAACCUUUAGACUGGAAUAGCUUCCAUGAAGUAUACAAGGUGUUCAGCAACAUGGAGAAGGGUCUUCUCUGUGGAUUAGACUCACCAUCAAAUCUAUGCUAACGAACCUUUUCCUUGCCAACCAUGUCCCCAAACAAGGACUUUUCCCAUCAAGAUAAAUGUUUAUCUGCUGUGUACUAGGUUUCUGUAUACAAGACAAGAUUAUAACUUUUCAGAAUGUGCUAUGUGACUAUGACUAACCAUUUUAUUAUCAAAUAUUCCAUGAAGUCUGCCAUUUUGUUUUUUUAUCUCCAGCUACGGCACAAGUUUUAGGCUGAAUAUACAAAUAGCAUUGUAUGAUUCUUGCUCCUGUGCCCUUCUAAAGUGAUACAAAAGGAUUUCUGAAAAUAGUCAGAAAUAUACAAAAUAUAAAUAAUGUACAAAAAUAAGCAAAUUAUAUAGUCUUCCAAGAAAUCUCCAGUUUGUUCUAUUCUUGAUUACUGGGCCAAAUAUUUUAUGCAACUUUGAAAAUGCCAUAAAAUAUAUAUUAUUUUUCUGUACUAAAUGUAGAUACAAGGAGGAAAUACGAAGGUUACUGUUAAAUUGUAUACUUUGUAUUAAACAAAAAUCAGUGUAUUCAAUACAUACGGUACAAUCUUCUUAUAACUGCAUUGUGAAGAUCUAUAAGAAAGUUAUACAUCCACAAAUGUAUGUAUUUGCAACAGCAAAUAUAGCAACGGACUCUUCCAAAGCUCUAAGACAAGUUACACAGAUGUAAGCUGAUUACUGCUUAUUGGAUUUGGCUUUCAACCAAACUUGCAGGAUAACAAAGUAUUAACCUUUAAAUCCACUUCUUACCUAAAGAAGCCUUCACACACAGAAGGCUACCUUUCUUUGCUAUUCAAGGACACCCUUAGCAUGUGUCUUUAUACUGCCCUUCCUUCUAUAUGUAUGAAUUAUGGAAAUGUAAUUACUUUAAGUAACAGUAAAUGUAAAUAGAGAUUUAUUGGUACUUUCCCAAGCUGUGCACCAUGUAAAAACAUGUACAUAAAUAUAUUAUGAAUGGA